CAGGGAGAAGAGAUGCUGUGCUUUUAUGUGAAUGGAAGAUAGCGUAAUGGCCGAAGCUUUUUGGGAGUCGGGGCAACCAUCGAUUCGGAGCUGAAGCUGUGGAGGAGCUCCUCCAGAGUUGCCGGAGAGGAUACCAUUGACCAUCUGCUAUUUGGAUUUGUUAUGUUCGCGGAAAGUUCUCUCUAGCUCUCUGUCGGGUUGUGGAGGCAAUAUUGAUCGGUGAGCAGAUUCUUGGAAAUGCUUUUUCUGUAAUUGGAAACAUUAGAGAGUUGAAAGCUGCUCAGCCUCAAAUGUGUCUGCUCUACCGAAGGUACCUUAAGGAGCAGGCCUUGAUCUGAUCACAGAGAUGAUGAAGUUUGCGGGAUAUACUUUGCUAACAUCAUUUACUCCUACUCAUUCUAUUAUCCUUAAAAACCCUCGCAGAUUUCGAUUUGGUUUGAAUCCGGCCAAUUCAAGGAACAUAUCAGCUGACGCUCUGAAACAUCGACCGUAUUCGAAAACUCUAAUGGUUGCCGGGCACUAUCUUCCUCCUUUGUUUAGUGUUGCUCCAAUGAUGGAGUGGACAGACCAUCACUAUAGGACCCUAGCCCGUCUCAUCUCAAAACAUGCGUGGCUUUACACUGAGAUGCUUGCGGCUGAAACAAUUGUUUAUCAAGAACAUAACUUGGAUAGGUUCUUGGCUUUUUCUCCGGAACAGCAUCCAAUAGUGUUACAAAUCGGAGGCAGCAAUUUGGAAAACCUGGCCAAAGCAACUGAACUUGCUAAUGCCUAUUCCUAUGAUGAGAUCAAUUUUAAUUGUGGGUGUCCUAGUCCAAGGGUAGCUGGACAUGGGUGCUUUGGUGUUCGUCUCAUGCUUGAUCCGAAGUUUGUUGGUGAGGCCAUGUCAGUGAUUGCUGCCAAAACAAAUUCUCCAGUCAGUGUGAAAUGCCGAAUUGGUGUUGAUGACCAUGAUUCAUACAAUGAGCUCUGUGAUUUUAUUUAUAAGGUUUCUUCUCUCUCACCAACGAGACAUUUCAUUAUACAUUCUCGUAAGGCACUACUCAAUGGCAUCAGCCCUGCUGACAAUCGUCGGGUUCCUCCACUCAAAUAUGAAUACUUUUUUGGUCUAUUGCGAGACUUUCCAGACUUAAAGUUUACAAUAAAUGGAGGCAUAAACUCCAUCAAUGAGGUGAAUGCGGCUUUGGUGGAAGGAGCUCAUGGUGUAAUGGUUGGACGUGCUGCCUUUAAUAACUCAUGGCAGACUUUGGCGUAUGUAGAUAGCGCCGUUUAUGGUGUUCCAAGCAGUGGUAUCACGCGCCGUCAGAUCCUCAAAGAGUAUGAAGUUUAUGGAGAUUCUGUUCUUGGAAUGUAUGGAAAGAAACCAACUGUGCGUGAUGUGGCAAAGCCUUUGCUUGGUCUUUUCCAUUCGGAGCCUGGAAAUGGUUUGUGGAAGCGGAAAGCUGACGCAGCUUUCCUGCAUUGCACUACGAUGAAGUCCUUCUUUGAGGAGACACUUGAUGCAAUUCCCGACUUUGUGUUGGAUGCACCUAUUGCGGAGGUUCCGUCCGGUUCAGAAAACCCUUUUGCUAAUAUACGAGAUGUGCUGCCUCCUCCAUACAAGGAAAGAGAACAAGAGGUGUUAUAUGCGUAGUCAUUCUUUGUUUGUGCAACAGCUCUCUCAGAUAUCUUUUAAUUCCAAAGUCGUUAGGAAAAGGAGAGAAAUUUGCUACUAAUUUGGGAGGUGGUCUGUCUGCACCGUCAUCCCAUGUCCCAUUUGUGAUCAGGUACUGUAUAAUCAAAGGAGUGGUCAUGGUUAUUCUGUCUGUGUCACCUGGUAUAUGCAAUUUUUUCACAUUGUUUUUGUUGUUUUUCGAGUAA